AUGAGGAGAACUGUGUGCUUACUACUCUGCUUAGCCGCCUGCUGCAACGGCGGACCACUUGCUGGCCACCAGAAGAAGCAUAGACCUGCCUUGGCACGCGAGGAUAGCGUGACGCAGGAAAUGCAACAGGAAUCGUUAACAGCGCCAGCGGAAGUGCCAACGAACAGCGCAACAACUGCGGCUGCGGCUCCUUUAGGCACACUGACGUUACCAAGCAAUGCGACAUCGAUCAGAGCUGACAUAACGGAUAAUUUCUCGUGCGCCAACAAGUCGUAUGGCUACUAUGCUGAUGUGGAGAACGAUUGCCAGAUCUUCCAUGUCUGUCUGCCCGUGACCUAUGCCGAUGGCAAAGAGAACACCUUCCGUUGGAGUUUCAUCUGCCCCGAGGAAACCAUUUUCAGCCAGGAAUCCUUCACUUGCAUGCGUCGUGAGGACAUGACUAUUGAGUGUGAGGAUAGCUAUCGUUAUUAUGAGCUGAAUGGUAACUUUGGCGCGCCCAUAGAGGAGGAUAAAGAUAGCAACAUGAAACCAGCUGCAGCUGCGGCUCCUGCUUCCGCUUCUGAUAAUGAAGAGACUGCUGCAAUGCCAACUGCUGACAGUGAGGAACAGGACAUGGCCGAGCCUGUAGUCACUGCUGCGCCUGUAAAGGUGCAAAAACCCAAGCCUAAGCCAAAUCGCCGCAAGCCCGCUGUUACCUAUAAUAAGCCGCAACGAAGGGUGCCAGCUGUUGUUACCGCUGCUCCUAUUAUUGAGGCCGUUGAAGAAGUUGCGCCUGCUGUGGAGGUGGCACCCAUUGUGCAUCCAGUCAAGCUACUGAAGCCACAACGCUUUGGCCUGCGACCCAACAAAGAGAAGCCACAGAUUGUUAAGCCCACGGCCAUGCCCCAGCGUAAUGAACUCUUUAAUGCCAUACGCAAGCGUCCAGCUGUCUACAGCACCACGGCCAAGCCACAGCAAGAAGUGGAGCCCGCAGUGACUGAAGCCAUUGUACAGGCGCCACUUGAACUAAGUGAGCCACAGCCCACGUUGAAGUUGCAAACCUUAUUUGUGGAUGACACGUCCGCAGUUGAAAAGAAUGAAGAGCCAGCGGCUCAGGCUUCCGAACCAGUAGAAGCUAUAGUGUCAUUGGAAACUGAAAAACCAGCAGACACUGAGGUUAAGCAGCAGCAAGCAGAGACAAUUGAAACGGAAGUGCAGCCCAUCGAAGCUAUUGAAGAAAUGCCAGCUGUAAUCCUUGAGAGCUUAGAUCAACAGCCACAAGAGAUUGCAUCGCCAGUGGAGCAGCAGAGUGUCCAGCCAGCUGAAGCAGAAACUAUAAUCGCUGAGCCUGCCAUCAUUGAACCCUCCAGUUCUCAUGAAGAAGCGCUCAAUACCAUAGAGGAGAUGGAAGCAGCCAAACCAGCAGAUGCACCCGAAAGUCUGCCAGCCACGCCUGAGAUGACCCAGCCCAAUCCAAUUGUAGAGCAGAUGUUGGAUACGAAUAUUGAAACGCAAGAAUCGCUGGGCGGCUUUAAGCCUGUAGAUCCCGUCAUGGCUGCCGAGGCAGAGCAGCUGAUAAACGAUUUUCUAAACACGCUGCGCAAGCACGAGGAGGAGAAAUCCGAGACUGAUUUGGCCAAUGCUGCCAUGAACAUGGCCGAGACCAUAGAACAACAGCCACAGGAGCAGGCACAGAAUGCCGUGUCCAUUGAGGAAGCCAAGCUGCCAGAGCCUGAAAUCAUAGACACCAAUGCUUCAGUGGAGGAGCAAUCGAUGGAGGCUGAGCCCCAGCAGCAGCUAAAAGGCGACUCACCCAUUAUAAACAUUAUGCAGUUGAAUCAUUUGCCACAGGACUACCAGAUACCCGUGCAAGUAGUCAGCAUGCCGGAACCAGAGCGCGAGCCAUCGGUAGCUACAGAAAUUGUUAAGCAAACUGAGACUGAAGCUGAGUCCAAGCCUGAGGAAGUGCCUGUACAAGAGGAUGAUGCUGCACAACAGAAUCUCGCCGCUGCUGCUUAUAUGCCGCCCAUUAGCAUAGACGAUAUCGUAGAACUGGUCAAGGAGCGUUUGGAUCAAACGCCCAAAAAUGAAGAGCUUAAGCCCAUGGAGCUAGUGCUCACACCAGGAGAGCCCAUGACUUUAAUUGACAGCACUGCGGAGACCAAGCUGCCAGAAAAAGAUGUAGAAGCGGAGCUAGAGACAGCUGCUGUCGUGGAAGCUGGACCAGCUCAAGAGGAUGUCAUAGUGCCCAUUUAUAAGCGCGUUACCGAUGCCGAGCCUGUCAUGUCUCAAGUGCAAACAGCACCUGUCACCGCCAACAAAGUGGAGGAGCCAGCGGAGCAAGUGGGUGAAACCAAGUCCAAGUCACUCAUGGAUGCGCGCAAGCGCCGCUUUCUCUUUCGCGCCGAUGCCAGCUAGAGCAUUCUCGCGCAACGCCUAUCAGGCUAAACAACUACCACCCGCCCAUGUCCAGGCUGCUGCAGCUGUUUCCCAAAACUCAUUUGUAACUAGGCAAAAACUUUAAUGCAUACAUUUUGAUUUACUAGUUUUUAUGGCCAUUAUAAUAAU